AUGAAUGGAGGAAUUGGAGAUGCAAGUUAUGCAAACAACUCAUUAGUUCAGGGCCUCGUAGAAGAGAAGAAACUAGAUUCAUUCAACAUCCCUCAAUACACACCAUCCCCAACAGAAAUAAAAUCAGAGGUCGAAAUAGAAGGAUCUUUUGAGAUUGACCGCCUCGAGGUUUCUAAAGUUCACUGGAAUGCUAACGACAAUGAAUUUUGUCCAUCGAACGCCUUCAAGGAUGGUGGAUACAAUGUUGCACAAUGCAUGAGAGCUGUGGCUGAACCCUUGCUUAUCAGUCACUUUGGCGUAGCAAUAAUCGACGAGGUGUUCUGCAGGUACAGGAAGAUUCUGGCUGAUAAAAUGUCUAAAGAGAGAACUGAGUUCAUCAAUGUCACUGUUGCAAUGACUAAAAAGGGGUGGUGA